GUAAAACACGUGUUUGUCCUGUGCAACGUUAUCGAGCUCCACUCGCAAAGUUAUACCAGUUCUGUUUCGCUUUUCUUUCCUAACUUUUUGUACUAGCUCUCGGUCUCCGUUUUUUCCAGUAUUUUAGCUUAAUCAUGGGGAACGGCGCUAAAGCUGCACAAAAGCGUGAACGCAAUGCUGGAAAAAAUGCAGACAAAGGGCCUACAAGUAAGACCAAGGUUAAUGAAGCGGCGAAGAAUAUUGUUUGCCAGACUUGCAGACAGACCUUCCUGCUCACCACCCGUGCACCAGCACUAGAGGAGCACGCCCAGAACAAGCACUCAAAAACACUGGCAGAAUGUUUCCCGAACUUUACCAAGUAGGAUGCGUCCGAUACAUGUUUGUCUAAUGUGUGGGUGAAUGGAUGUGCACCAAUGCAUUACGUUGUAGAACAAGUCGAAACUCUGAAAAAAAGUAAGCGAGGUGAGAAAG